CCAUUUCGCGCAGUAACCGGCAACAAAGUGCGCGCUUGUCUCAAAAUACAGAGUUAAACGAGAAAAUCCCUUGAAAUUCAGGAUCGAUUUUUAUUUUGGGAUAUCCUUAAAGUACAGCUAGUCUAAUCUGUUAGAUUCUCGGUUUUCUCGCCAGUUCAAGGAAAACCAGGCAUUUUAAAACAAACUGAAAAGACCUCGAUCAUGUCGUCUGAUAACACAACAGAAGCGGCCGAUAGAAAUGUGGAAAUAUGGAAAAUCAAGAAACUCAUAAAAAGUUUAGAAGCAGCCAGAGGGUGAGUAGUAAAGAUUUCUUAUCGUGGAGUACGUUAAAUGAGGUAGAACCAUCGUGAAGAUUAGUUCGAAGUUCAUUCGUGAUUCAAUGGCUUUUACAAUAUCAACAGUACAGUAGUUAUUCUUGACCAAACACUGUCUAAAUUGUUGAUGGCAUAUUUUAAUGAAGCCGAUAAGUCUUUUGGUUAACCCUCAUUUUAGAAUUAUAUUCAAAGAAAAUAUAUAGAAAGAGGACUGCUCCUGGAGUUUCAUGUUUGCGAAAGAACACACCAAUUCAAGUUUACAUUUUUCGCUAUCGACUUCUUUUUGAUAAAAUACGCAUCUUGUCGAUCGGUAAAGGAACAUCUCUUAUUAAACAAAAGUCAAAGAAUGGCUAGGUGUAUUUUUCAGGUUAUUCUGCUUGUGAUAAUUUCAAGGCAAUAUAUCUAAAUUAAUUUUUUUCUCAGAAAAUAAAAUGAGUUAAAGUUUCUCUUCGGUUAGGUACAAAAUUAUGUAUUGUAUACGUGUAUGCACAUAAUAUAUUGUCGAUGAUGACGAUGGUAGUGAUAAUGACGAUAAUUGAAUUAAUUUUUUCCUUCACCGAAAUAAGGCAAAAGUUCUCCCUUAUACCAGGGUUAGGGGGGGAGGGGGCUGGUAAUGAAUUGAAUUUCUCAGUAUACUCAAAACCAUUUUGAUUAAAAUUGCAAUUGCUUCAACUAAUCUUCCAUAGAAAUAUCAAAAGCACCCUAUAGCAAUCAACUUCCUGCUUAUUGGAUAAUUCAUGGAAGAAAAGAAACCCUUAACCUGGUUAGCAGGCAAGCGUGAGCUCUUGGUCAGUGAGAUAGGACCUCUCACAUUUUCAGACAUUUGUAAAAUUCUCAAUAGUAUCACACUCUAUGUUCCGAUGAGUGUUUAAGCAUCUCAGAUCAUGCUUCCACAACUCUCCAACUUAAAAUCAUAAAAGCUAUUCACAUUCAAUGGGAGCAACCUACACUUAAUAAUCAACUUUAUCAUGUUGAUUGAAACUUUCCUAAUUGCAUUCAUUGAUCUGUUUCUGCUGUUUGUUUUGUCCAAUCAGCAUUUUGUUACACACUUUAAAGUCAACUUUGUACUUUGUAUGAAUCAGAACUGAAGAUGACAGAAGAACUUUCCAAACAUGUCUUUAAAAAAUGUUAUAUAUUUUCCUAAAUUUGUGGCAUAUAUGCUGCUAUCCCAACCUUUUGGCAGGUGUGACUGUAGUGAACAACCUUGCUUACUGUUAGAUAACAUUUUGAUGUCUUUUUGUUGAUCUGUAGAUCCACUGCAAAUUACAAGCAUUGAUUGAUAUUCAGUACUCUGCUGUAUUUUUUGCUCAUGUUGUAUCUUGUUCUCAGGAAUGGAACAAGCAUGAUCUCUCUGAUCAUCCCUCCAAAAGAUCAAAUCUCUCGUGUAGCCAAGAUGUUGGCAGAUGAGUUUGGAACUGCAUCAAAUAUCAAGAGUAGAGUGAACAGGUGACUUCAUGUUACCAAGUAGAGUUUUUGAAGAGUUAAAUUACACAUUUACACAUUAAAAUUUUCUUUAAACACUUUACAUUUUGUCUUAGUCAUUCAACAGUUUUUUCUCUGAAUUACUAUUUGCAGGUUGUCUGUCCUUAGUGCAAUCACAUCUGUACAACAAAGGUUGAAGCUGUACUCAAAAGGUGUGUUUUAACACUUGCUGCUCUUAUAAUGUAUCUUUAACUAACCUUUUAGCAACCUGUGAUGAGUACAAAUGGCCUCAUGUAUCAUGAAACUUAACAUCUGCUUCAGCACUACAUCUACCUUUAUCAAAUCUUUCAGAAGACCCAGACUUUUUCUCCUUACCCCUCUGUCCCAUGUUUCAUCACCAAUUUCUUCCCAGGCACCUCUUUGCCUGCUCACCUUUCUCCUUCCCCAGGUUUUGUCUGUUUUGUCUGUUCUUGAAUGUUAUCAUCCUUCUCUUCCUACUUUCUUCCAUGCACCCUCUUGUCUCACCUCUCUAUUCACAUGAAGCUUCUAUUCAUCCCUCUUCUUUGAAAAGAGGAGUUUGUCUUUUCCCUUCCUUCAGAGGUUUUUGAUGGAUGCACAUGUAACCUCCAACAGCUGUUAUGGAUAACUCCACUAGUCAUAUGUUCUGGUGACAUUGUACCAAGCUUUCCUCUAGUUGUUAUGAUUCAGUGACAAUGUGAGAAAUCUGUUACAAGUUGUAUCCUGUGGAGGAGUUUGGAAAAUAAAAAAAGAAACUAUUUAAUGUGAUGUGCACCCUCCUGAUAUUGCAUUACAUUCCACUAAUUCUAAACCUCUAUGGUUUCAGUCCCCACAAAUGGUCUUGUAGUCUACUGUGGAACAAUUGUUACUGAAGAUGGCAAGGAAAAGAAGGUUAACAUAGACUUUGAGCCCUUCAAGCCAAUCAACACAUCAUUAUAUCUCUGUGAUAACAAGUUUCAUACAGAGGUUUGUUAGCAAAUCUAGCAUUGUACAUUGUUACUGUUCACAUGUAGUAAUGACUCAGAUGAGGAGUUGAUAGUUGAUAGUACUUAAGUGUGCUGAAGGAAGUGUGAUUUGUGUUUUCAUCGAUCGGAAAUUGAGUAGAGUAGAGUACUUAGUAUAUGCCUUUCAAAUAUAAUAUUAAAUCUUCCAAAACCUUGAAUCAAAUUAUCUUCAAGCAGAGUCAGAAUUGCUUGUUUGAUUUUCAUUGGAAGAAUAACAAAGGCUUUGACUUGUCUGGUUAGCAGGCAGGUGUGAUAUAAACUGAACAAUUCUGCUUACUGCCAGACUACAGACAUACUCAAUCCCCUCUAUCUCUUCACAUCUGUGUUCUGUAGUAAAGAAUGCACAUUAGCAUGUAAUUAUAUUAGUUCUGAUAUAAAUCUCUGUAACAGUGUUCCAGGGUUUCCCUUCUUGUGUGCUUUGAAAUGAAAUUGAAAGUUUGAAAUUCCUAAGACUUCCUCACAUAAGUAAAUUUUCAUUCAUUGUUUAGAUGAGUUUAAAAAAAGUUACGAUAUUUAUGGUCAUAAAUUUUUUUUCCAUCUGAAUGAUCAAUCUGUAAAUUAACCCUGACAAUGAAAAUAUUACACUUUAUAAGUUGUAUGCAAGUGUAUUGUGUAGUGGUAAACAUUUGUUUUGCUUUUAUGCAGGCCCUGAACGCCUUGCUGGCAGAUGACAACAAGUUUGGUUUUAUUGUGAUGGAUGGUAAUGGUGCGCUGUUUGGUACACUCUGUGGAAAUACCAGAGAAGUUCUUCACAAAUUCACGGUAGAUCUUCCAAAGAAACAUGGUUAGUAAAAUAAUCAAGGAAUAUUAACAGUGCUUUCAAUUAGACCUGGCUUCUGCUGGAGCUCCAGCAGGUAUUCUGUUGUGAAUUGCCAGGUAUACUUUGGAUGCUUUCAAGCAAACUCACAAAAUGAGGCUUAAAACCCCUUGAGAUCUUCUAGAGUUCUUUCAGUUGACUUUUGGGUUUAUAAACAAGUUUUGAUUAAAAUGACUACAUGGUAUUAUCUUAUCACACAUAAGCCAGUAUAUAUUUCAUACAUUUCCAGCCAAAAAAUUAGAUUUUGAGUUUCUAAGAACAUACUGACUCAGGACCUUUUGUGUGAAACUCAGGGAGCAGGCGUGCAUGUAAGCAAAAGGAAGGUUUUGAUUAGAAAUAAAAUGAUCAGUGAAAGAAUGGUUAUAAUUUAGACAAAUAUGUAAUGAUUGUCUAUGGAAGUUUAACACCAAAAACUCUGUUUGAAGCCUGAAUUUAUCGUGAAUGGAAGUAUUGAGACAACAAGAGGGAAAUUCUCUGGCGGCUGCUUUACUGGGGUAGCCACCUUCUUCAAUCUUAUUGAAAAUCCUGAUUUAGGAUAAUUUCUUGCUGACAUUCUCUAAAAAGUAACUGCUCUAGAUGAUUUCCAAUGCCAUAAGCAAACCACUUUGACUGUAUAUUACAUGGUCUAAUCUUUUACUUUCACAAUCAGAAUUACCCAAAUAGGGCAAUUAGAGUGUACAUGUAUGCAUGGAUUGGAACACUGAAGCCUUAUUUUACUUUUUUAACUAAUACAUUUUAUUUCAUUUUUUUUAGGACGUGGUGGACAGUCUGCUCUUCGUUUUGCUCGUCUGAGAAUGGAGAAGCGUCACAACUAUGUCAGAAAAGUUGCUGAGACUGCUGUUCAGCUUUUCAUCACAAAUGACAGGGUAUUUAGUUAUUUUAUUAAAAUCAGAAUUUCAAAAUGUCAAUCCCUUCAUGUCACCUAAGAAAAUAAGACUUCCUAAUCUGAAAAUAAACAUAACAUUAAAAAUUGCAGUAGUAGUAGGGGUAAUAGCUAUUGUUAGAUGCUGUUGAUAUAUACAACAAGCAUAGAAGUAGUGUCAUAUUUCAUUUUUGUGUUUUGUUUUAGCCAAACAUAACUGGUUUGAUUUUGGCUGGAUCUGCUGACUUUAAGACUGAGCUGAGCCAGUCUGACAUGUUUGAUCAGGUGAGCUUUGUAGUUUGGUGAUUUCCUAGAAUCAGCGGGUAUUUACCCAUUUUCUUCACAAAGGACGCAACAAACUAGCUUUCACCAUCUUUUUAAGGGGGAAAUGCCUUUUGCUAGUGUCUGGUAAUGAUACAUGUAAUUGUGUGAGAGUUCAUUGUUAUUUUCCAUAGCUUUGGGAGAAAGAUAAGUCCUCUGGACCCUAGGUACAGUAGUUUUUAAGUUGACUUUUUAAGUCUAGCAAUCAAAUAACAAAUGUUGAACUGGUGCUAAAAUAUCUUUUGUAUACAAUGGCAGCUGUUCCCCAUGCAUUGUGUAGUCUUCAGAUGUAUGGUUUUAUGCUGUCUAAAGUAAACCUGUGUUUGAGUCUUUUCACUCUCCUUUGUUAAUUUGCUUUCAUAAGGCAGAUCUUUUACUCAUUGGAGAAUUUUGCAGGCUCAUACAACUUUUAUAAUAUUUUUUCACAAACAUACAGGUGUAUUCAUUUUGCCAAGUUGCACCAUAUAUUCUUACUUAUUUUGCAAUUUUAACUCGCCUUGAUACUGUAUUCAUAUUUCUAGAGGUUGCAAACAAAAGUUUUGAAGCUUGUUGAUGUUUCCUAUGGUGGUGAGAAUGGUUUCAACCAGGUUAGUACAAUUUUAAUUACAUACAGGUAUUCAAUUCUAUUAAAAAGAGUGGAAACAUGCAAACUUAUUUUGACUACCUGGAAAAAGUAUGAAAAAGGGUUAUGUCAGGAAAAUGUAAAGAAGACUUGUUUGGUUGUUUUUUGGCUUUGCUGAAGUGCAAUAAGUUUUUACUUUCUGGGAGAGAUCUCUGGCAGUGGAAUCAAUGUACAAAUGUAAAUUACUUUGGCAAAAGAGUUUUCUUUGAGUGAUCAGAAAAUAAACCCUUAAAAAGACAAGUUAAAAUUAGAUCUCAAAAUUGGUUUUAAUUGUCAAAUUAAAAUGAACAUCAAACCUUGAUAGUGCAACCAUUGUUACUGGGGUCAAUAAAACAAACCAACCAUUCUGCUAACAGGAGAAAAACAAUGAGUUCCAUGCUGUUUCUGCAUUCUUUGUUCUUAAGUAUUGAUUGGUACUGUUACAUUUAGUUGAAAUUGUUGUUUGCCUUCGGUUGUGACAUUGGUGAAUUAUGCUUUUGUGAGCUUGGUUACAGAAGUGGCACAGUUAUCUUGUAUUUUGAUCAUUUGCAUUGUUUUUGUAUGAUGCACAUUUCUACCUUGCACAUCCUAUAGCCUUGUUUCACAUCACUUAUUGUAAGUUUACACAAAUAUCUCUAUGUUACAAUAUGAUGUUUUAUUUUAGGCGAUUGAACUUGCCUCAGAGGUACUGGCUAAUGUCAAGUUCAUUCAAGAGAAGAAGCUCAUAGGUAUGUAUCUGAGACAAGCUCUAACUUAAGGGUGCAUCAAAUUAAAUUCCAUCAGUAGUGAAGGAAGUGCAGAUUCCACUUUUGUCUAAUAUUUGUCAACCUCAGCCUUGCUAUUGAGUAACGUAUUAGUAAUUAACUCUGAAUCAAAUGAUUUUUUCCUCUUUUAACUUUUAAUCUUGGGGUUGAUUGCUAUAUUCACACAAAAUUUAUACGUACACCUGUACAUGUUCAGUGUAGCUGGAAACUUGUUUGAGUGAAAUUUGUUGGAACACAAGGAGUGAAUAUUUAACAUCAUAUUUUUUGAUAAACAGGGAGAUACUUUGAUGAAAUCUCUCAAGAUACUGGAAAGUACUGCUUUGGUGUGGAAGACACCUUAAAGGUUUGUUAGUAGGUACAACUAGCUAGUGUGAACAUAAAUCGAGACAACAUUGUACAGUGCUACAUUUAUCUGUUCUAAAACAGGCCAGAAUAAAAAUGGUAGAAAACUAAGAAAACUAUGAUUACCAGAAGUGAUUUUGUUACCAUGUUUCAAGGGAAAAGUCAAUGGGGCAGCAGAAAAAAAUGGAAAAAAGGUCAACAGUUUUUGAGUUUCUGAGUAAAGUUUCAAAGUGAUCUUCUCAAGAUUCCAUACACAUCCAUUUCUGAAUGGUUAAAGGCAGUUUAUUUGCCAAAGCUUCAAAAGUGAAAUUUCUUUGUAUAAUGUUCAUUUUAAGUCAAUUUAUCCUAUCUAAUAAUUCUUACAUAGCUGAUAUAAUUUUGUUUCUUGGAUUUUUUUUUGUCAUUGUAAAAGGAAAGGAGAAAAUAAAAUAAUUAUGGGCUUUCUCUUUUUGCUUAUCAGGGACUCGAAAUGGGAGCAGUGGACAUCCUCAUUGUGUGGGAAAACCUGGAAAUCCACCGAAUUGUUUUGAAAAAUCAUCAAACAGAUGGUAAGCAAGAAAUCACCUUGCAAAGCACAAAAUUGUUUGAUCUGCUGGUUUACAGUAAGAAAGAUUGUAUGCUGAUUCAUUAAGUUCUUAAAAUGUUCUGAUGCUAGUACUGGUAGCCACAACUUAUAGGAUUGGCCAAGUCCUAUCUUGAGCAAGCUGCCAAUGUGGAAAGCAAAAAUCAUCUUUGGGGUAGAAUUUCCUGCAAGGACAUUGAAUGACAGUGGAUCUCAGUAGAAAGCUCAAUUUUUUGUUCUUUGCCUGAGGCUGAUGUGUACUUGCAGUGACUGUAGAUGUGUAUUUGGUUAGCAUGUUGAUGCAUAAUUAUUAUAAAAUAGCAGAGUAAAUUUGUCCACAGAGGAGAAAAUCCUUCAUCUCAAUCCGGAGCAAGAAAAAGACAAGACAUACUCCAUAGACAGUGAGGUACAAUGAAUUAGUUCUUUUAAUCCUAAGUAGCAAAACAUUGACAGAUAAAGCCUGAAUCACUAAGGAACAUUUAGUGCACCUUUUUCUCUGUUUAUGAGCACAUGAGUACUGUGUUACUUUCAUGGGCACAACUGUGCUAUGAGAGAAACCUCUGGUUGUCUACUUAGAGAACCAAGUCCUGAAAAGCUUUUUGAAAGUCAAGAUUAUAUGUGGUUUAACUAAUAAUUUGUACUGUUUUUUUUGUCUAUUAGACUGGAGUUGAGUUAGAACUGAUAGAAAAGAUGCCUCUGCUGGAGUGGCUUGCAAACAAUUAUAAGAGUUUUGGUAAGUGAGUGCAUUGUACGUAUUUGAUGUGUCAUGAUAAAACUAUUCAGUAAAGAUUUCUGAUAAGUAUUGUUAUUGCAGACUUUUUCAAAACUGUUAAUUGACUGCAAUGCCAUCCGAGAUUGUAUGAGUCGUGAUCUUUAUUAUAAUUAUUAUUUUUAUCCCCUAAGGUGCAACAUUGGAAAUCAUAACAGACAAAUCACAAGAAGGAGCACAGUUUUGCAAAGGCUUUGGAGGAAUUGGAGGUGAUGCUAUGGCUUGUUGUUUAUACUCUCAACAACUUUAGAGUAGGUUUUAGGUGUUUCUCAUCUUUCUCUGAUGGUUCCUCGUUGGGUUACCUUCCUCUUCAAAGACCAAGAGUCUUUAAUGUCAAUUUGCUUGAAGAUAGAGUGUGACAGCUCCCUUGCUGAUGUGUUAAGUGUUGCUGAGGUAGGUUAAGUCUGUGCUCAAACCAAGUGUCUCACCAGUGUGAGCUUCUACCAGUUUCCUCAACAUGAAGGCGACUACUCCUCCCUGGAUGGGAUGCUAUUCCAUAACAUGGUUACCCAUCAGUAUGUCAUCAGGCUUCCCAGACAAUUCAUCCUGCUACCCAUUAUAUACUUCUCGGUGGAGAGGCACUGUGAGAGGAAAGUGUUUUUCCUAAGAACACAACGCAAUGACCCAGCUAGGUCUCGAAGUUGGAGUCCAGUGCACUAACCAUUACGUAUUUUAUUGUGUUCGAUUUUUGUUUAUUGGCCUCCAUGAUCUAAUUGUAACAGUUGUUUCAUUUUUUUUUUCCAGGUAUUCUUAGGUAUCGGGUUGAUUUUCAAUCCAUGGACAUGGACCCAGAUUUGGAGUAUUAUGAGGACAGUGACGAUGAUUAUUAGCAGGAGGAGAAUCUUUCUUGUGUGUUGCAUCUAAACAUCAACUAUGAAUUUACAACCCUUGUUAUUGUAAGAACAGUGGCAUCGUUCAGUUUCAUUAAAAUAUUAUAUACCUCUAAGCCCUCUCAGGUUUUAACAGACAGUCACAGGUUAUUAAGCGAAUCGAUUGAUGCUAACCAAGGAGACGAAGAUGUCAUUUAUGUGGGCCUCUAUAUAUAUUCGUUUGUCAGCAGUUAGUAUACUGUGUAGGAGUGCUCAUAACUGAUUGUCUAAUACAAAUACAACCAAACAGUAAUGAUUUAGCUUGGCCAAACCAGGCGUUCCGGCCAAAUUUUGCUGUCAUUGCUGUCAUAGGACUGGAGUAUUGAUGAACCUUCCCAGAUGGCGAGGAAGCUCCUUCUCAGCAAUUGAUAAAGUAGUCGUGGGAAUUACUAAUUUUUCCAUGUGACAACUGAGGAUACGAAGGAUUUCUGCUCCUCCGUUAAACGCAGAGUCUAAACGAAUUAACAUAGCGUGCUCUAUUAAGUGUAAUACAACCAAAGCUAAACAUGUCUCAGCAGCCAAUCGUACAAGGGACAGAAAUAUGACAGGAAGCCAACACGAACUCAAAGUCGUAGAAAUGUGCAGAAGACCAGAAGCGCGAGUAAACGCGAGUACUAAAUCAUGAUUAGACUGUGGGUAACCUGCGAGCAAGUCCGCGGAAGUAUGGAGUAUAAAAUAGUGUCAAACGCUCGGCAAACCUCUUCUCGUGGGUUGAUGAUUUCUGAUAUUACGUUGGAGACCUGCAGUUUCUGUAGUUAGCUUAUCUUUAUUGAUGUAUCGAGAUGAUAUAGAAGGGUUAUUUGUUCAUUAAAAGGGUUUUACUUUACAUUUUUACGAUACACUGUUUAAAGGUCGGGGAAAUAGAGUGAAAUGUGUUUUGUGCGACGGUGAAAACUGUUUGAAAGUCUGACCUAUGUGAAAUGAAAUUGGAACAAAAUGGUGAUUCACGUGCGUAUCACUUGUGGAAAAUCAAAAUAGAUAACUUUUUCGUUCAUUUAUUUACCAAAAAUUGGUAAGAAAGUUCUGUUAUGUCAGUUUUUGAUUCAACAAUUGUAAGAUAUCUCAACUGCAGAUUAAAAUGAGAGUUAGUGUUUACUUGAUAAUUUCUCUCUUCCCUUUUCUUUCUUUCCUUUUUCUGUUUAGGUCUUGUUUUGUCUCGGGGUUUUCCCUCUACCUUGUACUGGUGGCUGAGUUUGGAUUUUGGACGCUAGUGGCCUAAUUUAUAUUUUGGACCCUUGUGGCUGAUCAUUGGAUUUUGGACACUAGUGGCCGAUCUUGGAUUUUGGACACUAGUGGCCUUUUUUUGGAUUUUGGAUCCUAGUGGCAGAUCUUGGAUUUUAGACCCUGGUGGCCGAUCUCGGAUUUUGGAUAGUAGUGGCCGAUUUU